AUUAAAAAGGCAGAGGCAGCCGGUCCAAAGACGUUUCCAUUGGGUUCUGUGACGCGGACGAGCGAGGUCAUGGUGGACUGGAUUGACAACCAGGUCGCGGCGUAAUUGAAUUGGCAAAACACCUUUUAUCAUAAGAACAUCAUAAUGGAUCACGUAAAGGCUAUCCCCCUUCUGGUGGGUCUUGGGGUUGUGGUCGGAACAGCCAUUCUGACCAAGUUGUACUUGUCGAAGAAACGCGGUCCACCUCGCACCCUCCAAGAUCCCACAGUCAAGUACCCCUUGGAGCUGAUUGAGCGGGAGGAAAUAUCCCACGACACGAGACGAUUUAGAUUUAAGCUCCCAACCCCCGACCAUAUUCUUGGUCUUCCCAUUGGUCAGCACAUCUACCUCUCAGCUAGAGUUGAUGGGCAGUUGGUUGUGCGACCAUACACUCCUGUUUCCAGUGAUGAAGACAAGGGCUACAUUGAUCUUGUUGUCAAGGUCUACUUCAAGAACGUGCACCCCAAAUUCCCGGACGGCGGCAAAUUGAGCCAGUACCUUGAAGGGAUGAAGAUCGGAGAAACCAUUGACGUGCGGGGCCCUUCAGGUCUGCUUGAGUACCGCGGCCGAGGGGUCUUCGCCAUCAAGCCAGACAAGAAGUCUCCGCCAAACCUCACCACCGCCAAGAAGGUCAACAUGAUUGCUGGUGGAACAGGCAUCACUCCCAUGCUGCAGCUGGUGCGUCAGGUGGCAAGAGAUGAGGGAGACAAGACACAGUUGGCCUUGAUUUUUGCAAACCAGACAGAAGCAGAUAUAUUGUUGCGUCAGGAACUAGAAGAGGUCCAGGCCCAACACCCAGAAAAAUUUAAGUUGUGGUACACUGUUGACCGUCCAGAAGCAGGCUGGAAGUAUAGCAGUGGCUUUGUCAGUGCUGAUAUGAUUUCAGAGCACUUGUUCCCACCAAGUGACGACACACUGGUGCUCAUGUGUGGGCCUCCACCUAUGAUCAACUUUGCCUGUGUCCCAAAUCUGGACAAACUUGGAUACUCGCCUAACAUGAGGUUUGCCUAUUAGAAGCUGCAGAAGAAAGAUGAAUAGGGGCAGGCAGGGAUCAGAAAACCCAGCCCAGUUGUUACAAAAAGAUGAAAAGAAUGAAAGGGAUGUUUCCUGUAGUCUCAAUAUCCUAAUCCCUUGCCAAGUAGUCAAGUUAGGAUAUUGAUAUGUAGUGAAUGGCAUAGAGGAUUGUGGUCAGAGUUUUUCAGUUACAAAGAAGCAUCUCGUAUUCAGUUACAAAGAAGCAUCUCGUAUUCAGUUACAAAGAAGCAUCUCGUAUUAAUUUGUUUGUCUCUUGCUUUGCCUUACACGUUUUUGAUAACAUGUCAGAAGUAUUACUAAAACUAGAGCAAGCAUUGUGACCAGUUCAUUUUUCACUAGACUCUGAGAAUGAUAUCGGUCAACAGUAUUGAGUUGCUUGACCAUCCCUUUGACUGCAAUGUCAGGUUCCCCUGUUAUAGGCAACCAUGCAGCUCCAGCUUGCAUUCCUGUCUUUCUCUUUGUAUGGCAUUUGUAGUGUUAAGUUGUUUAUUGGUAAUGUGUACAACAUGUGAUAAUUUAAAAGAUUUAUUUUCUGUCAUCAUUUCCUUCUUAAUAUUUUAAAAAAGAAACACCUCAAGUUACCUGUCACAAUGGUAGUUUUAUUUUAGAUAAAUCCCAGUUUGAUGUUAACUCAGUUUUUGGAAGUAACGUGCAUGUUAUUUUAAGCAUUUAAAUUACAUGUUGUCUUGUUUUAGAUAUAUGAAAUUAAAGUUUGUAUAAAUGUUUGUCUUGUUUAUGAAUUAAUAGAGCUUUGAAGGGAGUAAUGAAGUAACCAGAAGAUUAUAACCAUGUUAGAAUUUGGGUGUUAAAUGUGUCUAGAGCUGGUAAGAAGGAAUUGCAGUGAGAUUGCUGGGUAAUAAAAAGUUCUCAUGACAAA